AUGUCAUCAGCCAUCGCACCCCUCGUAGGCCGAUUCCGCAAACGAGUCAUCUUUGAUGUCGUAGGCUCAUGCACUCUAGGAACCGUGCUCGCUUUUGGAUACUGGCACUUUAUUCAUACGCCACAAUUCAACGACUAUGACAACUACUUUAAAAAGGUCCAGGCUGAAAUAAAGGAAAAGGAAGUCGCUUGGAGGCAAUCUCUCGCUGUCGACGCCCCAAAUGCGUCCGCUGCUCAACCCGCUGACGAGGAAGAAAUCGCAGUUUUGUAA